AUGAUGAUAUCUGAAAGUCCGCUUAUUGCAGCGCCGUCAGGCGUUAAUCUCUCUAACCCCGAUCAAAGCCGAUCGGUCGGUGGAGAUGUCCUUGCCGAGCAAGAAUCCUUUGGACCGACCCCUCUCCAAGUUGCAAUUGCCCAACAUCGUACUGGAAUCGUGGCUGCUACAGUCGCUGGACAUUUUGCCCAUUGGCAAUACCUCACUCGAUCUCAGCGAAUUGAUGUCCAAGCUGCUGCAAAUCGAAUUCCGCUUGCACGGCUGGGUUUGGCCUGGGGUAUUGUUUAUCUCGGCGUGUUGAGUACUAUUACCGUUGCUCAGCUGACUGGAACGGCGGCGCCAAUUCUCGGCUAUGGUGCCCUCAAUGCUCUACUUUUUGUUUCUUACAACCGCACAGAAUCCGCAUUGAACAGCGUGUUCUUGACAUCAGGGAACAUGUGGAAUACAUGGAUUGCUGGCGCUGUGGGUGGUCUUGCAACCUGGAUUGUCAGCACACCUACCGAGCUCAUCAAGUGUAGAGCUCAACUGGCCUCUCCUCCCAUGUCAAGCUUGGCUAUCACCAAACAGAUCUGGGGGAAUCAUGGUUUUAAAGGAUUCUACUUUGGCGGGGCUGUGACUGCUCUGCGAGAUAGUAUAGGGUACGGCUUUUACUUCUGGUCUUAUGAGCUGAGCACUCGUUGGCUGGCCACUGAACCUGAUAAGCGCACUUCGUUUCAACACGAAGCCGCCAAAGUUCUAUUCUGUGGAGGAUUGGCUGGCGUCGUAACGUGGGUCAGUGUCUUUCCUUUGGAUGUCAUCAAGACAAGGGUUCAGACUCAGACGCUCGGCGAACUGGUCGAAACAUCACCUCUUUUGCGAACAAGCGGGCCUCUACGGACCUCACGAGCGGGCGCCCUCCAAAUUGCACAAGAAGCGUAUAGGGAAGGCGGAGCACGUGUUUUCUUCCGAGGGUUGACUGUUUGCAGUGUCCGGGCCUUCAUCGUCAACGCCGUUCAAUGGGCUGUCUAUGAAUGGGUCAUGCUCGAGCUUGGACAUGGACGCAAACAAGCGCUAUCUAAUGACUUAAGAGUAGAAAAGGUAGAGGCACUAUAA